GCGCCGCUGCUGUGCUCCAAAGCUGCUGUGAUCCCCGGCUCUACGCGCGCCUUGUACCCGCUCAGAGGUGCUCCAGAGGCGGCCACACUCCAGCGCUUGCCCCGCUGAUCCUUCCCGGUGCCGCUCCCCUCUGUUCUGCAGCUCUUAAGGCGUUUGAAGCGGUCUCAAAACGCGCUCGGGAUCUUAAAACACAAGCCAGGAACAAGCCCACUGGGAUCCGGACCGCGCUCUAGACCAGGACCAGGACUCGGGACUUUGGGACCUGUUCUAAUCCAGGUGGUCCUCCGCUUUUAGCUCACGCUUCGGGGAAUUCAGCGCGACUUUGGACACAUUUCUGAAGGUUUGCUGCCUCCCGUUUGAUCCCUGGAGCCUCUUACGCCCAAGCAUCACUAGACCCGGGAUUAUUACGCACGGUUAUCCAAAUCAUACAAACUAAAGAAUAUAUUUAUGAACUUUGACACGAAACAAUGCGACAUAAUGUUUUUACAUAUUUUUUAAACAUUUAACUGUUUUGCAUUGAAACACUAGAACUUUCGGCUUUUGCAUGAACUGAACGGGACACACCAAUAACGCUACUUUUACGCAGGUUACGUUUGACCCGGUAAAUAAACCAGACACAAUACACGCUUUUACACAAACUUUAUACAGAAAAGGUGUAAUAUUUGUGAUUUCAAAAUGUGUUUUAAUCAAGACAAUGAGCGCGAGUAGCUGGGAGAUAACGGGACUGGUCUGAAACAGCGACUGACAAAGGCGAGAGAAAAGCCGAUCUCCGCGUCUCUUCUGGAGGAUUGUUCCACUGGUUCUCGGCUGGUGCUUCGGUUGGAGAAGGAGCCGGACAUGUUCUCCAUCCAGGACGGACUCCCGCGGGGGGCGCUGACCAUGAAGGAGGAGCCGCUGCCCACGGGCAUGACCCCGGUGCGCGGCUGGAUGCAGAGCACGGGGAUCCUGGAUGCCAACACCGCAGCGCAGAGUGGUGUAGGUCUGGCCAGGGCUCACUUUGAGAAGCAGCCUCCUUCAAACCUGAGAAAGUCCAACUUCUUCCACUUCGUCCUGGCCCUGUAUGACCGGCAGGGCCAACCAGUGGAGAUCGAGAGGACGUCCUAUGUGGACUUUGUGGAGAAAGACAAGGAGUACAAUGGAGAAAAGACCAACAACGGGAUCCACUACAGACUGCAGCUCCUCUACAGCAACGGAAUCAGAACAGAACAGGACCUGUACGUGCGGCUCAUCGACUCCAUGACCAAACAGCCGAUCCUUUAUGAAGGCCAAGACAAGAACCCCGAGAUGUGCCGAGUCCUGCUCACCCACGAAAUCAUGUGCAGCCGGUGUUGUGAUAAGAAAAGCUGUGGGAAUCGGAAUGAGACGCCGUCCGACCCCGUCAUCAUCGACCGGUUUUUCCUCAAGUUCUUCCUCAAGUGUAACCAGAACUGUCUGAAGAACGCUGGCAACCCCCGGGACAUGAGGCGCUUCCAGGUGGUGGUAUCCACAACAGUGAACGUGGAUGGACAUGUCCUCUCUGUCUCUGACAACAUGUUUGUCCACAACAACUCCAAACAUGGCCGCCGCGCACGUCGCCUUGACCCCUCCGAAGCAGCCACUCCGUGCAUCAAGGCCAUCAGCCCAAGCGAGGGCUGGACCACAGGGGGCGCUACAGUCAUCCUGAUUGGGGAUAACUUCUUUGACGGGCUGCAGGUGGUGUUUGGGACCAUGCUGGUGUGGAGUGAGCUCAUAACCCCUCAUGCGAUCCGGGUGCAGACUCCUCCACGGCACAUCCCUGGAGUGGUGGAGGUCACUCUGUCCUACAAGUCCAAGCAGUUCUGCAAAGGAGCACCAGGGAGAUUCGUUUAUACUGCUCUGAAUGAACCCACCAUCGACUAUGGCUUCCAGAGGCUACAGAAGGUCAUCCCCCGCCACCCCGGGGACCCUGAGAGGUUACCCAAGGAGGUGCUGCUGAAGAGGGCGGCUGACCUGGUGGAGGCGCUCUAUGGCAUGCCACACAACAACCAGGAUCUAAUCCUGAAGCGUGCCGCUGACCUCACGGAGGCGCUGUACUCAGUUCCUCGUGGUCAUAACCAGCUGCCGUCGCUCGGGUCACAGCCCCACGGCAUGAUGGGAGUCAACUCUUUCAGCUCACAGCUCGCCGUCAAUAUUUCGGAGGCCUCGCAAGAGCAGGGAUAUUCCCGUACCUCCAGCUCUGUGUCACCUCGCGGCUAUGCUCCUAGCUCCACCCCCCAGCAGUCCAAUUACAACACCAUCACUUCCUCUAUGAACGGAUACGGAUCAGGCAUGACCAACCUGCCCGUGCCUGCGUCGCCCUCCUUCCUCAAUGGCGCCACAGGAAACUCCGCCUAUGCCAUCAAACAGAAGAGCGCCUUCGCCCCCGUCGUGAGGCCUCAGAACUCCCCGCCCCCAAACUGCACCUCCACCAAUGGCAGCAGCCUGCAGGCGAUGGCCGGUCUGAUCGUGCCCCCCAUGUGAGGAGAUGCUUUGGGAAUCUAACCCUCAACCCCUGAGACUCUGGAGCAACACACAUCCACCCACAAUGCAUCUGCUAUAUCCCACAAUGCAACAGGACCAACCAAAAGUCCGCUUCAGUCAGGGGUCAGGGGUCACAGACACUACAAUGCAUUCUGGGAGUUUGAACCACUGUGAGUUAGAACAAAGAGGAGGGGCCACUGAGGGCAUCGGUACCUGCCUGGACCUGGACCUGUUUUAGUUCUAGUUUAUCCCAGUUAAGAUCUAGUGCCUCAACUGUACACACACAACUUAAAACCCAGGAGUAGAUGUGACUAAAACCCAUAGACUGUAUAAGAAGUGGACUAAAGGAGUGUGACGUCACCCAUAGCUCCAGUCAAAUGAAGCUCAUCGAGGCUAGCAGUUAUAGCAGCUAA